GAGCGAAAUGCAGCGCGCCGCCGUGAACUUCCUGUCCGACACCGUGACGUGCCCCAGCGCGGCCAUGCGCCAGGUGAUCGCGGCCGCGGAGGUGGGCGACGCCGUCUUCGGCGCGGACCCGUCCGUCAACCGGCUGGAGAAGGUGGCGGCCGAGCGCCUGGGCAAGGCGGCAGCGCUCUAUGUGCCUUCUGGCACCAUGUCGAACCUCAUCGCCAUCGGCACGCACUGCCGCCGAGGAGAUGAGGCCAUCUGCGGCGACAAGGCCCACAUCUUCCUCUACGAAGGGGGCGGAGCCAACGCCUACAUGGGAGUGAGCCUGCACACCGUGCCCAACCAGCCGGACGGAACACUCGACCUGACGGACAUCAACAACGCCGUCCGCGACGACGACCCGCACUACCCGCGCACGAGGCUCGUGGAGAUCGAGAACACGCAGAACUCUUGCGGAGGCCGCGUCCUGCCCCUGUCGUACAUCCGAGACGUCGAGAAGUUCUGCCAUGAGCGCAACUUGCGACUCCACGUGGACGGCGCGAGACUAGCGAACGCCAGCGUGGCGUCGGGCAUCCCUAUGGACGAGCUGGUCCGUGGCGCCGACUCGGUCUCGCUCUGUCUGAGCAAGGGGCUGGGAGCUCCUGUGGGCUCCAUCCUGGCCGGGUCCGAGGAGUUCAUCCACCACGCCAUGAGGCUCCGCAAGUCGCUUGGCGGCGGAAUGCGCCAGGCCGGCAUCAUCGCGUCCGCGGGGCUCUACGCGCUCGAGAACCAGUUCGACCGCCUCGUUGAUGACCACGUGAAUGCGAAGGCGCUCGCGCACGGCAUCUCCACCAUCCCAGGAGUCGAGAUCGACCCCGACACAGUCGACACGAACAUCGUCUUCUUCAGGCUGGCACCCGACGCCAAGCUGGACGCGACCACGCUGGUGCACAAGCUCAAGACCGAGAAGGGUGUGCUCGUCGGCGCCUACGCCGACGGCAACCGGGUGCGCGCGGUCACCAAUCUGCACAUUUCGGGCCAGGACGUCGAGGACACGGUGGCGGCGAUCCGCGGCCUGCUGAGCUGAGCCCGGAGCUGGAUGAUGCGCGCGCCUUGAUGACGAGAAAAUGACGGACGCGGGCACCGGAACUUGAUUGGGCGUGUCCUGCCGGCCUGCGACGCGCCUUCGACAACUAUGAAGACCCUGAAGUGGUGCAAGCGCGACGAGGUCCUGGAGUAAAGCAUCUCACCCUGCAGAGCCACAUGUCGAGGCGCCGACCUAAGCAGCACCACAUGAAGU